ACCACUACAUCAUCUCCUACACUUAACCUCUCAUCCCCAAAACAAUCUUUUUACAGGUUUCUUGAACACAAUUCAGACAUCACCAUGAAACCCUUCAACCUCUUCAUGUUCAUCUUCUUCAUCUUCUUCACAUUCAUCAAUGUUCUUGAAGCCAAAUUCACCUCCAAAAUAUGCAAACAUGACAAACCCUACAUCCAUUUUCCAUUCAAAGUCAACUCAUUUUGCAAACACAACCACACCAUGAUCAACUUUCCAAAUUAUGGUGAAUUGGGUGUGAAAACAAUCACUUAUGACCCCAAAAAACUCACCUUAUUCGACCCGAAAGAUUGUGUGUUUGAAGUGUUCUUGAAUCUUGAUCUUGAUCGUACACCGUUUCGGUAUUAUCAUGUCGUUAAGAACUACACGUAUUGGAAUUGCUCGGUUAAUCUUUCGGCCUCUUUCGAAGAGGUUCCAUGUUUGAGUGGUGCUACACACCAUGUUUAUGUUGUUGAGUCAUCUUUAGAUGUUCAUGAGUCUUGUGAGGUUGUGAAAACUGUUUUGAUUCCAUUCGGGUAUAGUUCGUACGUGUCGGAUGAUAGUUUCGGGCUCGAUUUGAGUUGGGAUUCUGAUGGUGUAAUGGAUUUUGCAGAAGAGAGAAGAGAAUUUGGUGUACAAUCCAUAAUUGGAGGAUUAAGUGUGGUGAUUUUGGUUUUGGUGAUUGUGGGAUUAGGGUGUGUGAAGGUUUAUUGUUGGAAGAAAUCAAGAAUUAGCGAAGAUGAAUGGGAGAAGUUACUUGGAGAUCUUGAAACGUUGUGAUUAGAGUCCGGUUAAGACCAGUCGAGCCGGGACCGACACGGUACUGGUCGUAUAGGUUUAUAUGAUAGUUAGCGGUUAAAACUUUUAGUGAGAAAAGGAAUUAUUUUGUUUAGAUUCUUGUUUUGUAUAGAAUGUUUUUUUUUUAAUUUCAUAUCCCUUUCUAAACUUGCAAAAUAUGGUUUUUUUUAGUAUUGUUUUGUAUAUAA